GACACAAACACGGGCCGCUGGCAUCAGCCACGCGCCAGCAGCAGCAGAGGCAGCGGCGACAGCAGCAGCGUUGUUGUGGUCGCGCGUGCGAUAAGUCCUAUUUUCACUGAGUGAGUAGACCACAGCCAGGGGGCUGCUCUUCUUGAUAAACUCUGAGUUUAUUGAGACGCGGAGGGGUGCAGAGCGGCUUUAGCGGCGGCGCAGCCUCUUCUGGCUUGUGCGUGACGGCUGUGUGUGCGAGAGAGAGAGAGAGUGAGUGACAGCACCGGAGGACUGCCAUGUAGCCGCGGCGGAAGAAUGAGCCGCCAGCAGCACACUCCAGCCGCGGCGACAGACGACCACACGGUCCAGCAGGAAAAUGAACUAGAAGCCCUCGCCUCUAUCUUUGGAGAUGACUUCCGGGAUCUGCGGAGCGAGGACCCGUGGAAGGUUAAAAGGCCCCCGGAGGUGCACCUCUGUCUGCGACCCAACGGGCUGAACAACGGGCAGGAAUGCUUCGCGACAGUGGACCUGCAGAUCAAAUGUCCUCCCACAUAUCCAGACGUGCCUCCAGAGCUGGAGCUGAAGAACGCCAAAGGCCUCUCAAACGAAAACCUCCAGAACCUGAAGAGUGAAGUCAACAAGCUGGCAGCGAUGAGAUGUGGAGAGGUGAUGAUUUACGAGCUAGCGGACCAUAUCCAGGGCUUCCUGAGUGAGCACAACAAGCCUCCAUCAAGUUCCUUCCACGAGGAGAUGCUGAAGAACCAAAGGAGGCAGCAGGAGAAGCAAGCCUUGGAGGAGCAGCGGAGGAUGGACCAACAGCGCAAACAGGAGGAGGAGAUGGAAAAAGAGAUUAUGGCUGUAAUCCAAAAAAGAGAGGAGGAGAAGCGAGAGGAGAAGAGAAGAAAGGAAAUAGCCAAACAGGAGCGACUUGAGACUAUGGAUGAGACAAUCCCUGCCAACUCCUCCCUGUUAGGGAGGAGCCCACCUAGCCCAGGGGGAGCUCCCCCUGAACUGACCGAAGCAAAGAAAGCAGGCGGCAACCGUCGUCGGACUACCUCAAACACACGCCACAGGCGUGACACGAUUAAUGAAGACAACCACCGAUCGCAGGAGCUUCUUCACUUCAACAGCAGCUUUUUGGGAGAGCUUGUUGUCCACAGAGGGAAAAGUUUAGGUGGAAGUGAGAGCCUUGGCCGUAACGUUUAUUAUGGAUUUGAGGCAAACUCUGGAGACUUUGCUGUGGUCUACGAGUGGUCGUUGCGCUGGAACAAGACGAUGAGCAAGUUCUUCACCAGCCAGGAAAAAGGAAAGAUUGACAACUGUAAAAAGCAGAUCCAGGGGGCAGAAAAUGAGUUGAACUCCCUCCUCAGGCUUGACCACCCACACUUGGUGCAUUAUAAGGCACUGAGCUCCAUCGAGAAGGACGACUGCCUCGUGGUUUACCUGCUGGUGGAGCAUGUUUCCGGGGUCAACCUGAACCAGAGCCUGAUCAACCACACCCCGGUCCCGCUGGAUAAACUCUGCCAGUACACGGCCCAGCUGCUGGCCGCGCUCGACUACCUUCACUCCAACUCUGUAGUCCACAAGCAGCUGGGGGCCUCCAGUGUGCUGUUGGACUCCGAGGGCAACGUUCGAUUGACCGAUUACAGCCUGUCGAAGAGGUUUGCCGACAUGUGCAAAGAAGACGUUUUCGAGCAGCACGUGCGUUUCUCGGAGGCCACAGCGAUGCCGACAAAAACGGGCAAGAAAGGGGACGUCUGGAACCUGGGGCUGAUGCUGCUCGCUCUGAGUCAGGGGAAGGAGGUGAAGGAGUAUCCAGUGACGGUGCCAACCAGCCUGCCUGCGGACUUUCAGGACUUCCUCCACAAGUGUCUGUGCCUGAAUGAUGCUGAGCGCUGGACGCCCCAGCAGCUUUUGGACCACCCCUUCCUCAAGCCUCCGUCACCCAAGAACCUGCCUCAGUGCCAGGAUGCCAGCCCAGAAGAUCUUGCUGUGGACUUUGCGUCGUCGGUCAUCCCACGGAGUCACAUCCUCGAUGCUCCGUUCAUCUCUGGGGUACAAAGGCAGUUUUCACGCUACUUUGAUGAGUUUGAGGAGCUGCAGCUUCUUGGAAAAGGAGCGUUUGGUGCUGUGAUUAAGGUUCAGAACAAACUGGAUGGCUGUUACUACGCCGUGAAGCGCAUCCAGGUCAACCCAGCCAGCAAGCAGUUCAGACGGAUCAAAGGCGAGGUGACGCUGCUCUCGCGCCUCAACCAUGAGAAUAUCGUCCGCUACUACAACGCCUGGAUCGAGCGGCACGAGACGCCCUCGACAGGGGUGCUGAGCAACAGUGAAAGCUCCGAGCCGCAGAGCACAGCUGACAAGCUUCCUCGGGCGGAAAAGGGGCCACAGCGCCUCAACGAACUCGGCCUCCCUGACAACGCGGAGGACGUCGCACCGCCUCUUGCCCUGUCGAGCUCAGUGGAGUGGUCCACCUCCAUCGAGAGGUCCUCCAGCGCCAAGUGCGGUGGACACCAAUCUAGCGAUGAUGAGGACGACGACGAGGAUGAUGAUGAUGAUGAUGAAGAUGUGUUUGGUGCCUCUUUUUUGCCGUCAGAUAGCGACUCUGGGAGUGACAUCAUUUUUGACAAUGGCGACGAAAGCAUAGACGAGAUGUCACAGCUUGAUCCAAGCAAAAGGCCAGUGACCGACACAGCCGAGAGCACAGACGGCGAUCAACCUCAGCGCAUAGCACAUUACCUGUACAUACAAAUGGAAUACUGUGAAAAAAGCACUUUAAGAGACACAAUAGACGACGGCCUGCAUCAGGACCAGACACGGUUAUGGAGGCUGUUUAGGGAAAUACUGGACGGCCUUGCUUACAUCCACGAGCAGGGGAUGAUUCACAGGGACUUGAAGCCUGUCAACAUCUUCCUCGACUCACAGGACCAUGUGAAGAUUGGUGACUUUGGCCUGGCGACAGACCAUCCUGCUAAUGUGGCUGCAGGUAAAUUUGAAGUAGAGGAGAGUGGCUCUGCAGCGAUGGCCAAACUGGACCCAACAGGUAACAUGACAGGCAUGGUCGGCACUGCCCUCUACGUCAGUCCGGAGGUUCAAGGAAAUACUAAAGCCACCUACAACCAGAAAGUUGACCUGUUUAGCCUGGGAAUCAUCCUCUUUGAGAUGUCCUUCAGGCCGAUGACCACCGGGGCUGAGCGCAUCUCUGUCCUUAGCCAGCUGCGUGUGGAGUCCAUCAUCUUCCCUGAAGACUAUACUGAGUACGAGCAAGGAACACAGAGGACGGUUAUACAGUGGCUGUUGAACCACGACCCAGCGCUGCGGCCCACCACCCAGGAGCUGCUCAAGAGCGAGCUGCUGCCUCCGCCUCAGAUGGAGGAGUCAGAGCUGCACGAGGUGCUGGAGCACACCAUGGCCAAUAUCAACGGCAAGGCCUACCGCACCAUGGUGGGUCAGCUUUUUGCGCAGAACACAUCUCCGGUCAUGGAUUACGCCUACGACAUAGACCUACACAAGGGCAGCUUCAGCUUCAACGGUGCCAAAUUGCAGCAGCAUGUGUAUGAAACAAUCACCAGGAUCUUCAAGAAGCAUGGUGCCGUGCGUCUCCAGACACCGCUGCUCCUCCCCAGAAACAGGAAGGUGUACGAUGGCAGCGAGCUGGCCUGCUUCAUGGACCACAGCGGAAUGCUGGUUACGCUGCCCUACGACCUUCGGAUGCCGUUUGCCAGAUAUGUCGGCCGCAACAAUGUGACACAUUUGAAAAGGUUUAGCAUUGAACGCGUGUUCCGGCCCAGGAAGCCUCACCGUGCCCACCCGAGGGAGCUCCUGGAGUGCGCCUUUGACAUCAUCACACCCGUCACCAACAGCUUGCUCCCGGAUGCUGAGACCAUUUACACCAUCUCUGAAAUAGUCCAGGAAUUCCCUGCACUUCAGGAAAGGAACUAUAACAUAUACCUGAACCACACCAGCUUGUUGAAGGCCAUCCUUCUCCACAGCGGAGUCCCCGAGGACAAACUGAGCCAGGCCUCCAACAUACUGUGUGACGCCAUGAGUGAAAAGCUGACCAAACGUGAGGUGGAGGCAAAGUUCUGCAACUUCUCACUGUCAACAAACAGCUUGCAGACACUGUACAAGUACAUCGAACUGAAGGGAAAUCUGCAGGACGUGGCGCCACUGCUAACAUCACUCACCAAACAGAAGAGCGCCGUCUCCCAACUGGCCAAGCAGGGCCUCAAGGACCUGGAGGAGCUCACGGUGCUUUUGCGUAGACUGGGAGUGAAACUGCAGGUGGUGGUCUACUUGGGAUUAGUGUACAAGGUGCAGCACCACUCAGGGGUCAUGUUCCAGUUCGUGGCUUUUAUCAAGAAACGCAAGCGAACGGUGCCAGAUAUCGUGGCUGCUGGAGGACGCUAUGACCGCUUGAUCCUGGAGUCUAGAGGGCCAGUCUCCACAGUACCAGUCCCCUCUGCAGUAGGGGCCAGCGUGGCUCUGGACAAAGUCUGUGCAGCUAUAGCCAGCAUGGAAGAGCCACCAUUAGUGAGCUCCUGCGAUGCCCUCGUGGUCCCAGUGGGACAUUGUUCAAUGUCCAAAGCCGUCAACGUUAUCCAGAAGCUGUGGAGCGCCGGCGUCUCUGCCGACAUCGCCUACGAUGUCUCACAGUCUCAGGAGGCGUUGUUGGACCACUGCAAGCUGGCCGGCAUCACCUGCAUGGCCCUGGUGUCUGACAAGGAGGGAAACUAUGUGAAGGUAAAAUCCUUUGAGAGGGACAGACAGUCCGAGAAACGGAUUCCUGAGUUUGACCUGGUGGACCACAUCAUUCAGAAAUGUCGGACCAAAUUCUCAGAGGAGAGAAACAUCAGAGAAAUCCCUGAAAGCAUGUCCCUGCAGAACCCCAAAGGAUCCCUGCUUAACACCACAGGCUCUUCAGAGCAGCAUGGGAGCAGCUGCACCUUGAAAAUGAAUGUAAACGUCAUCAGCCCAGAAAAGGUGUCCUCCAGUGCUAGACGACGCUAUGAGACUCAGAUCCAAACCAGAUUACAGAAUCUUGGUAGCAUUUUGCAGAACAAUAGCAAUGACAUUGAGAUUCUGGCGGUGGACCUGCAGAAGGAAACGCUGAUCAACUUCCUGUCCCUGGAGUUUGACGGUGAAGAGCAGUUCAACAGCAGCGUGAAGACUCUGUUGUCUCGGCUUCCAAAGCAGCGCUACCUGAAGUCCAUCUGCGAUGAGAUCCACCAUUACAAAAUUACAAAAAGGAUGCCUGUGGUCGUCUUGUACAGCUACAAGGACGACUACUACAAGAUCCUUCUAUGAAAAACUGAGGACACAUCCCAUCCCGCUCGAUGACAAGUAGACUCCCAAAGACUUCAGUCUUCAUCACUGGACCAACAGAAUCUGCUUGAAGACUGAUUCUUAUCUUCUCUAUUUGGAAAACGUGAGCCACAAAGACACAAAUGUUCUUUUUUUUUAUCAUGUUCAUUGGUAACCAAACUUUUCAACCCAAACCCCAUCACUUUCCCAAAGAUUUCAGUGUUUUAAUGUCUUCUUAAGAAAAAAGUAUAUGGGAGGUUUGAUGGACUUUGCCUUAAUAGGGUUAUAGAAUUUGAGCAAGGGCUUUUUACUGAGGACUAUGUGUCAUGAGUACAAACAGUUUUACAUUUCCAAUUAGCCACAAGAUGGAUUAUAGGAAUAAAUCACCUCUUUUCCA